AUGAAAACACUCUCCGAGCCCAUGACGAUAACAAGGUACUCUCCUCUUAUGACCCCAUGGUGUAAGGUAGCUCAAGAUUGUAGCUGCGAGGGCAACUUGGUCAACACCAUCAACAACGCUAAUCCUACAAAGCUCCUUCUGUCGGAUAUCCGCAAAGCCGGGCUAGAAGGAAGCGGCAUUGAACAGUAUUCGCUGGGUGUUGUCCUCCCUGGCGAAAAAAUAGGACGAACCUAUCGGAUUACAGCGGGCGACCCUUCUCGAGGGAGCCUUUCCGUUGACUCACAGAGAGCUCCGAAUUCUGGGACACUCGUUCAAUUCCUUCACCGCCCCGAAUCAGCAACAAUUGAGCUCCCACAGAGCCUAUUCUCGCCAACAACCCCAACUCUGGGAUUUUUGUCAGUAUCCGAUUCUCCUUCACAAGGAGAAUUUCAAGAUCAUGAUGAUGAUAUCAUCUUGAGCGACACAUUCUUGGCGGCGAGCGACAAGGGGGUCGUUUUGAGUCCCGCUUCAAAUAAUGUGAAGAGUCGGGAGGAUCCCUGGGUUUGUUCCCUUCCUGGUGGUUUGGCGACGCUCGAUAUGGCGCCUGGUGUUCAUCGGUAA